UCGAACGGUUUAGUUUUGAGUAUUUAAUACUUACUACUUAUAAUAUUCAUUAUUCUGGUUUUCAACAAUUUCUAUUGCAUUUGUGUCUUGAAAGUAUAAAACUCAUAUCGCGUCUCAACAUUUUACCAAGAGCUAAUAUUAAUCAUCUGAUAAAGUUAUGUCAUUUAUUACAAUUCUUUAAUAAUUGACCCGUCUAUCUAUUUACUAUGGCAUCAAACGAACUAAGAAAAAAAGUACUUUCUACUUUCAAAUUAUUGCAUAAAGCUAGAUUAUUGUGUUUUAAAAAUGAUUUCCAAAUGUUAAAUGCUGCUAAACAUCAAAUUAAUGAAGAAUUCAAAAAAAAUAAAACUGUCUCAGAUCCUGCAGUAGUUCAAAAUCUCAUAACCUUUGCUCAAGAUGUUGAGCAUGAACUCUUAACACAAGUAGUUCAAGCAGAAAGAGUAAAUGAAACAAAAUUUAAAUUGAAUUUAGAUCCAGAACGUCAUACUAUGGAGAAUAUACCAUAUGUUGAAUUAGAUAAUGAAACAUAUGAAAAAUGGAAAGAAGAAAAAAAGAAAAAAAGCAAGAAAAAUGAAAAGUGUUGUUGUGAUUAGAUUGAUUAGAUUGUAAUUAAAUUGUUUUCUGAAAAAAUGUAAAAUUAUGAUAUUAAAUGUAAUUAAAUAUUUUUAUAGAAUUAUACGCUUGAUAAUGUAGUAAAAGUAAACACUAUGGUCUCCAUUAUAUUUGUUAUUUACAGGACACUAUGUACUUUAUUCAAAUGUUGUUAAGAUCUAUGAUGUUGCAGACAUAUCCGCAGCAUAAUUGUAUGACUUAUUUAUCAAUAUACUGGGUGAUUCACCAAUCAUGCCCAUUUUUCUUCAAAAAUGUAGUUAAUUA